AUGUUAGCCUUAAUUGUUGUACGGAAGAUGUUUGUUCGAGGAUUUAACGGAAAUCCUUUGGCUUGCAUUAAACAAUGGGAAAGGGAUAAAAAUGGCCGACUUGAAGUUGUCAAGAAUAUAUUAUCAUAA